UGUAUUGGAUGGAAGUGUAAAAAACAUAUAAAUGUGACGUCAUUAUUUAUAUUUUUUGAAAAAUCUUUGCCAGCUUUUUCCUAGCUGAUCCCAAUGAAAAAUUGAAAGUUUUUUUUGUUGAUUUUUUAAAUUUUUCUUUUCCAUCCUGAAAAGCUCCUUUAAGCACCAAUUAUAAGAUAUUCUAUAAAAUUUUAAAUAAGAUCUAAUAAAAUAAUCAAGCUCCUAUUCUAAAACAAGUAUAUACCUAGUUCUGUGGAAAAGUUCAAAAAAUCCGCCACUUGAAAUUUCUCUCUCCCUCACAAAAAAGACCAUUAACAAUAAAACGCAAUUUUUCACCUAUCAUCGUGCCCAAAAGCCCUGCAAUAAAUUACUAAAAAUAAUUUCUCUGAAUUCAAUACCGAAGAUACGCAAUUUUCUACCCAAUUUCCUCCGCUAAGACACACAAAAAAGAGAUUGUUUGGUCGCGGUUGAUUGUGUCUCCCGCGCACAUAUCACUGGCGUGGAUGGGAAAUCCAAAAGAUCCACUAUCAAUGGAAAGAAAGCUCACCACAGCGCGUCAGAGGUGUUUUUGAUAAAAGGCGCGUGGUGUCUUUUUGCAAAAAAAUAUUUUAGCCCCUCAAUGUGACGUCGAUUGGCGAGACAGAAGAGAAAUGAAAAAAUCCGCCAAAAUCAGAAGAAAGAAUUUAAAAAAAAAAAGCUAGAGGGUGAUAGAGAAAAUAUGUAUGUAUAUUACACACAUGCUCGGGAGGGGAAAAAAUCACGAGGAGAUAAUCAAAGAAUGAAAUCCAAUAUAAACACACCACGCUUUUAACCCUCGACUCAUUGGCAUUUCUCACAUUGUUUCGCAUUAAUAAAUAAACAGAGUCAAAUGUCGGAUUUAUGCCAUAUAAAACAAUAAACAUUGACGCGAUAUUGAAUGGAAUAUUUCUCAUGCUGUGCGCGCUAUAUGGGAUUUUAUAUAUAUUUUAUUAAUUCGAUGACCUUUAAUUGAUAUGUACACGCGUAAUCCCCAACAAAGAGAUUCUUCUCUCACUCUACGUUACAUAUUUCAUUCGCAUAAAGGUCUCUUUGCCACAAUAUUCUGCUAAACAGAAUUUAUAUGUUGCUUUUAGCUAUAUGUACAAAUAUUUUGCUGUAAAGCUCUCUGAAAGCUCAGCUUGUUGGAAGAGAUUUUUUUUCUUUUAAAUUUUUGAUAAAUUCCAGAGCAGCUCAAACAAAUCAAAAAUAAUUCAGCAGAAUCUCCUCAAUAGAGCUCAAAUCACUUGAGAAAUGAGAAAAAAGCGCGUGGAGUAAAGCAAAAAAAAAUGAGACAGAAAUUAACCAUGAAAUUUCAGCGUUCUUGACCUAAUUUUCCCGGAGCUUGAGAGCGCGCGAAAUGAAUGAAAUUAACGUAGGGUUAAAAUAUUUGUGUGUGCGCUAUGUGAAAUGAAAACAAUAGAGAAAAAUUGAGAGAGAGAUAGGGCUUCCGCCGGAAUGAGAGAGGACGAAGAGCGUGGUCAGAAAAGCGCCGUGGUACACGCGUAAUAUAUAAUUUAAUAAAAGGCGAUAAGAGCUUUUUAUUGAUAUCGACGAUGAGGGGGACAGAUUAAAUUGCGAGGGAGAGAACAAGCGCGCAUUUCAAUGGGUGCUUGCGGAUGAUGACGAUGUGUAGAUUUUUUUUUGCUUUGAGGGAACGAUGAAGAGGAGUUUGAUGGUUAAUUUUUGGGUAUAGUCCGCGUCUAGCACGCUUCAAGUUGAUGUGCGAGAUGAAGACCAACAAAUUACGCAAAUCUCCGAACGAGUACAAGCAAAAAUUUAAAUAAAAGCACACACUUAUCAGCAAUAAGAGCUUUUUUUUCCUCUUGCUUGUUGUUUCCUUCUCCGUGGAGUGAUAAAAUUGCAUAUUUUUAGAGAAAUUUCUUAGAGAUUUUCUGUGUUUUUUGUACAAAAAAUUAUAUAAAAUAAUCUCAAGAUUUUUUUUAAUAAAUUAGUCAAAAUAUUAAGCAAAGUGAUUAAACUUAAAGCUCAAAAAAUUCCAAAACAUGUCUUUUGAUUUUGAAUUUUUGUUUUUGAACCUUUUCUUUUAAUUCGAGUUAUUCACUUUUUUUAAAUCAUCAUAUUCUAACCACUAUUGCCACCAUUUUGUAAUGUUCGACUUUUUGUGGAUGCUCCUCCAUUUUGCAAGGAUCCGCCAUUUUGUAAGCAUUCGCCAUUUUGUAAAUUUUGUGGUGGAAUCUGUAGAAUCUUUAGACAUUCUCAUUCUUCUCAUUUUUGUAAGUUUUUAAUGUUCUUUGAAUUCUUAAUUAAAAGUUCUCAGAUACGUUUUUUAGGCCUUGUGGCUUGAAAAGCCUGGGGCCUUAAAACUUUAAAAUAAUAGAGAGCUAUAGAGCUUCUAGAAAAAUUAUUUUAUUCCAUUCUUAAGCAAAAGAGGAAAAUUUGUGGAAAUUCAAACAAUAUUUUGAAAGAAAAAUCACCCAGAAAUUGAGAAAAAAUCAAAAUUAGUCGAAAGAAAUCGAAUUAAUCUGAUCUAACCCCAUUUUAUGUUUGAGGUUGGAAAAAAAAAUCGCGUCAAAAAACUCUAGGACAACAUAACCUAACUUUUCAAAGAUAAACAAUUUUUUUCUAGAGUUGCGCGUAUCGCUCACAUUUGUAUCAUUAACUCUUAUACCGUCUUUUCUUGUGUGGAAAUUAAUGUAAUUCCCUGUUUAAUAACAAUUUAAUCAUCAAGAAUUACUAGAAUUAUUGUUCUUUAGUCGUUUUGUCUCUGAUUUUGAUCCUGGGAUUGAUUUACAGAAAUCCAAGGCUACACACCUCAAGGAUUGUCAGGAGAAGAAUUUCUGGGGUAUUUCCCAUCCUCUGAUCAUAUUUCCCGGAUCUUUUUGAAGCAACAUAACCUCAAAGUACAAAGGAAGGAUGAACAAAGAAAAAUUAACUGCUUUUUUUGAUAAGAGGAAUGUGGAGGAAGAGCUCUCAGAGGAAGAAGAAUUUGAAGAUUCGGCGGAUGUGGAGUAUGAAGAAGGAGAAAUUGAGGAAGAAAUUGAAGAACAGAUAGAGGAGGAAAUUUCUCAACCAGAAGAGAAUAUGUAUGGUCAGAAUGUUUUUACUUCCGAUGAGAUAGAGUCGCAAAUGAGACUGCUCGACGACGUCCUCAAUAUCCUUCCAAAUAGUGACAUUUUGCCUCACAGGAAGCGCUUGAGCUUGAUUAAAUGGGAUGAAAUUGAGUCAAAGGACUACGAAGUGGAGGAGAUGAAGAAGAUUGUAGGAAGUAUGGUUAACAUCAUUCGUUCUCACCGGAAUCUGAAGGAGAUUCUAACAGCUGGCCGGGAAGCAUUGAAGGUUGCUAAGGAAAUUACACAGAAGAAGGAAGACGACAAAUUGCGAAGGGAAAUGUUGAAAAUGAUGAAGGAAUUUGAAGCAAUAAAGGAGACCCUCAAGCUGAAGGAACAACAGGAGAAAUUACAUGCAAAGGAGAAGGAAGAGGAACGCAAAAGGAAGGAAGAAGUUAAAGUUAAGCAGGAGGAUGAGAUGAAACUGAAAGAAGAGAUUAAGAUGUUGAAGGAAGAGGUGAAAAAUGUGAAGGAGAAACUUAAGAAGGUUGAAAAUAAAAUCCCAACAGAGGAUAAACAUUCAAAGCGUGACAAAUCCUCAUCCAGAGCUGCAGCAGAAACACCGGAAAGAGAGCAAAAGGAUCGACAAAAGAGCAAGGAGAGCAAGGAAGAGAGACGGAAAACAUCACGUGAAGAGUUUUCGCAUCCUGUGAGCAUAAAUCGCUUUGCCGAUCAAGGUAAUCAAGCUUCCCUCCUGCAGGAGCCUUCUCCUUCUGAGUCAUCAACUCCGAACAAUACUCCCAAAGCGCAGAAGAAGAGAAAAACCUCUCCAAAAUCCACUGAGAGCUCUCAUGUGAAGAAAACAAAACACUAUUCAAAGGAAAAUAUCCGGAAAUCCGAAUCGGGCUGUGAAUGGAGCAGCUCAUGCUACGUGGAGGAGUACACAUUGCCCCUGAGAGAUAGAAAUGGUACAAUAGAGCCCUGUAGUCCAGCAAUCAGCAUUGAUAGCUUCAAUUACUACUCAAAUGCCAAUGAUUCCCCGCAGAAGACUCCACUCUCCAUCAAAAAUUCCUCCCGGCAAGUGAAAGAGAAGAGUUCUCUUAAAGAAAAGAGCAAAAAGUCGGAAGGAAAUUCAGAGAGGAAAAGCUCCUCAUCAGCCGGAACUUCCAAAACAUCCCACAAGUCUUCAUCACGAAGGGAGAGUCGUAGUGAGGAACGUUACACUCCCAAAAAGAAAGUAAAGAAGGAGCAACACAGGGAAAAUAAGAAAUCUCAUCAGGAAUAUCGUGGAGAGCUCUUCCUAGAGCCCACAAAGAAGCUACCAAAGACAGCCUAUGAAUACUUCUGUAUGUGUGUGUACACCGGAUCACCAGAUAAACGUGCACACUCCUGGUCUAAUGUGACAAGGGAGAAAAAGUCCAUCUUCCAUGAGAAAAUGAUUAAGCUCAAUGAAAGGCAUGAGAAGAAUGAAGACUCAUUACGACAUCGCAAGUAAGUCUAGAAUCCUUCAGAACUGAUUUUUUUUUGCACAAGACGAUAGGAUUCACCUUGAAACAUUUCAGUAUUAAUAACUCCCUUAGAAUUCCCAAAAAGUCAUCUAAAGUAACGAUAAACUAACAAAAGUUGAAUUAAGAUUGAAUUUAAAAUUAAAAUAAAAAAUAUUUGAAAGUUUUUUUUUAAUAAUAAAUUAACAAAUAAAUGAUUUGGCAAAAAAA